AUGUCCUGCCUAGCUAUCACCUUCGAUGGUCCGAAGAUCAAAAAUGGACGACGUCUAUUCGAAAGUUUUGUGCAAGCAAAUAAGUACAGCUUUUGGAACAGAGAGCUAGUUCAAGCUGCAGAGUCACUUAUAUUCAUGGGAUUUAUGAGGCCUUGUACCUUGUUCGUAUCCGCACCAACCGUACACCUACAGUCUCUACGAACUGCAUGGGCUCGUCGGGUGCUGAAGCCAGCCGAUGGCUACCAAAUCACCUCACUAGGUGAGAUGGGAGCGAUACAGAGCGUCGAGCAGAUGCACUUCGUCCCGCUGGCCGACGUGCUCUGCGAUGCGAUCGUGAGCCUGAAUCGCAUCGGCAAGGCGACCACGAUCGCCGCGGUACGACAGUAUGUGAUCAAGAAUUGCCCGUACGUUGCUCCACCGUCACCGGAGAUGGUCAAGCAGACCGUGGCCAAUCUCACAGCAACAGGGCUCGUCUACAAGAUGGGCGACCAUCUGUUCGUCUCCGUACCUGCGCAAACUCCGGCACAGGCUAAGGUGGCAGUGGAAUGUCAAACCGGAAUGUCCAUAAUCGAGCAAGCACCUGAGCCAGAGAAGAAAGAACGAUUUGGCUUCAUUGCCCGGAUCUUCUCCAAGAAACCCCAACAGCAAGCACCAGCUCUCCAACCUUUGCAAUUCUCCUCGAAAAUGACAACCGACUGGACCAAAAAGCCAUUGGCGCCAGUGCCGUGCAGGUAUCCCGUUGCACGCCGAGGACACCAUGCUGAAGAACGAGAGCCUCGACGCCACCUGAAAUGUGAACGAAUCCAAAUUAGCUCUUCUUCGGAAUGCCUCAACUAUGGUCCGAUUGACCCACCUGAGUGCCUACCUGGAAAAGUGGAAGUGAUUGAAGAUAUCCGAAGUCGACGCAAGCGUCGAACCAAACGUAAGGAGAUCCGCACAUCGACCCCAGUUGGCAACUCCGAUUCCGCUUAUUCACCCUCGCCGGUCACGGAUUCGAACGAAGAGCCAGGCAGCCUCAGUGAGCCUGAACAAACAACGGAAAAUCACACCUACAUGAAUGUCGCCGCGCACAAUUCCACGCAGUUCGAAGAAAUCCCGACCGUGGUUUGCCCUCCUGGUCAGCCAUACUUCCCGAAUCAUCUCUGAUCGAGUCGAGAUCUUCCUCACACGCUCUCCUAGUCGAGGCACUCGUCAUUUACUUGGUUCCUCGGCGUCAAUCAAUAUACAUUGCAUGCGGUUGUUGCCAUUUUCCCUACUUUACAUUGAAGCGUUCGUUCCUCUCAGUUAUGUGAUCGUCAUCGUUAUGUUUUGUUAAAGAAUGUAUACAUAAUACUAUUGUCUCUUUGCAUGAAUAUAUAAAUUAUUU